ACGUAAAGAAGUAUAUGUCUGCUGCUAAUCAUGGAUGAAGAGGAGACGAUGAAGGAGAUGGAGAAGGUGCCCAUUCCCCUGCUUACCCCUUACAAGAUGGGAAGAUUCAGUCUCUCUCACAGGAUAGUCCUUGCACCUUUAUCCAGAUUAAGAUCGUACAACUUUGUUGCGCAACCGCACGCCGUCCUGUAUUACUCUCAAAGAACAACACCAGGCGGUUUCUUGAUCGGAGAGGCCUCUGGUAUUUCCGAAACUGCACAAGGCCAUCCAAACACUCCUGGAAUCUGGACGGGAGAACAGGUUGAGGCAUGGAAGCCGAUUGUGAAAGCCGUUCAUGAUAAAGGCGGAAUUUUCUUUUGUCAGCUAUGGCAUGCUGGAAGAGCUUCUGAUAAUUGUUUUCAACCGAAUGGUCAAGCACCGAUCUCCUGCACGGAUAAGCCAAUUCAAUCCAAGGUUCACAUCGAUGGUUCCACUCCGGCAGAUUUCCCUCCUCCUCGGCGGUUAACGAUUGAUGAGAUCAAACAGGUUGUUGAUGAUUUCAGAAUAGCCGCCAAAAACGCUAUGGAAGCAGGUUUUGAUGGAGUAGAGAUUCAUGGAGCAAACGGUUAUCUAAUCGAUCAAUUCUUGAAGGAUCAAGUAAAUGACAGAACGGACGAAUAUGGCGGGAGCAUGGAGAACCGUUGCCGGUUCCCUCUAGAAGUUGUGAGAGCAAUCGCUGAUGAGAUCGGAUCUAACAGAGUCGGCCUCCGCCUUUCUCCUUUCGCUGACUACAAUGACGCUGGCGACUCGAAUCCUGAAGCUCUGGGACUCUACAUUGUUGAAUCGCUAAACAGAAUUGGAAUUUUGUACUGCCACGUGAUCGAGCCGAGGAUGAUCACGCAAUUCGAUAGCAGAGAAACAAAGCACAGUCUGCUUCCGAUGAGGAAGGCUUUCAAUGGAACGUUCAUUGUCGCCGGUGGAUAUAAUAGAGAAGGCGGAAACGAAGUGGUGGACAGCGGAGGCGCUGAUCUGGUGGCUUUUGGACGGUUGUUUCUGGCGAAUCCGGACUUGCCGAAGAGGUUUGAGCUCCAUGCUGUGCUUAACAAGUAUGAUAGAAGUACCUUCUACACUUCUGAUCCCGUUGUUGGUUACACAGACUAUCCAUUUCUUGAUACUAGUGAUUAGUUUCUAGGUCGAUUUGUUUUUUCUUCUAUCAGAGAAAUUUGAUUGCAAAACAUUUGUUCUCAAAAAGUUAAGUGUUGUAUUUUCAUAUAAUUGUUUUAUAAUAACAAAUGAUAAGUUAAUUAUAAUAAUUGAAACGAUUGUUAUUUUUUUUAAAUAAAAUUUAAUUUGAGUA